GAUCUCCUCCAUUCUUAUGCCAAGCCAAGACUCGCGAGAUCAAACGGGGGAGAGUAAGUUAAGGAAACAUGGCGAUGUCUAAUCUGUUAAAGAACAAAGGGUCCCUCCAGUUUGAGGACAAGUGGGACCUGAUGCGCCCCAUUGUCCUCAAGUUGCUUCGUCAGGAGUCCGUAACAAAACAGCAGUGGUUCGAUCUUUUCUCAGAUGUUCAUGCAGUCUGCUUGUGGGAUGACAAAGGCCCUGCAAAGAUCCACCAGGCUCUUAAAGAGGACAUUUUAGAUUUUAUUAAGCAAGCCCAGGCGAGGGUGCUCAGUCACCAAGAUGACACUGCCCUCCUCAAGGCCUACAUUGUGGAGUGGAGGAAGUUCUUCACACAGUGCGACAUCCUGCCUAAGCCAUUCUGCCAACUUGAGAUCACCCUGAUGGGCAAGCAAGGUAGCAACAAGAAGUCCAAUGUGGAGGACAGCAUAGUGCGAAAGCUAAUGCUGGAUACCUGGAAUGAGUCCAUCUUUUCCAACAUCAAAAACCGGUUGCAGGAUAGUGCAAUGAAGUUGGUCCACGCUGAAAGGCUUGGAGAGGCUUUCGACUCACAACUGGUCAUUGGGGUGCGAGAGUCUUAUGUGAACCUGUGUUCCAACCCUGACGAUAAGCUGCAGAUUUACAGAGAUAACUUUGAGAAAGCUUACCUGGACUCCACAGAGAGGUUCUACAGGACACAGGCACCCUCCUACUUGCAACAAAAUGGGGUCCAGAACUACAUGAAAUAUGCAGACGCUAAGUUACGAGAGGAGGAGAAACGUGCACUACGGUAUUUAGAGACAAGACGUGAAUGUAACUCUGUUCAAGCACUUAUGGAAUGUUGUGUAAAUGCACUGGUGACGUCAUUCAAAGAAACCAUCUUGGCUGAAUGUCCGGGCAUGAUCAAACGCAAUGAGACCGACAAGCUGCACCUCAUGUUUUCAUUGAUGGAUAAAGUCCCCAGUGGAAUUGAACCCAUGCUAAAGGAUCUGGAGGAACACAUCAUCAGCGCUGGGCUGGCUGACAUGGUAGCUGCAGCAGAGACCAUUACGACUGACUCGGAGAAGUAUGUGGAGCAGCUUCUCACUCUGUUCAACCGCUUUAGUAAACUUGUAAAGGAAGCAUUUCAAGAUGAUCCUCGGUUCCUCACGGCCAGAGAUAAGGCAUACAAAGCAGUUGUAAAUGAUGCCACAAUAUUUAAGUUGGAGUUACCUAUGAAACAGAAGGGAGUGGGUCUUAAAACGCAACCCGAGUCCAAGUGUCCAGAGCUGCUAGCCAACUACUGUGACAUGCUGUUGAGAAAGACUCCACUUAGUAAGAAGCUUACCUCUGAGGAAAUCGAGCUGAAGUUAAAAGAAGUGUUACUGGUGCUGAAAUACGUCCAGAAUAAGGACGUGUUUAUGAGAUACCACAAAGCUCACCUGACAAGGAGGCUAAUCCUAGACAUCUCAGCAGACAGUGAGAUAGAGGAAAACAUGGUCGAAUGGCUGAGGGAGGUGGGUAUGCCUGCCGACUACGUCAACAAGUUGGCUAGAAUGUUCCAGGACAUUAAAGUUUCUGAAGAUCUAAACCAGGUCUUCAAAGAGAUGCACAAACACAACAAGCUUGCUUUACCAGCGGACUCUGUAAACAUAAAGAUUCUGAAUGCUGGAGCCUGGUCUCGCAGCUCAGAAAAGGUCUUUGUCUCGCUGCCCACUGAGCUGGAGGACCUUAUUCCUGAAGUUGAAGACUUCUACAAGAAGAAUCACAGUGGAAGAAAACUCCACUGGCACCAUCUGAUGUCCAAUGGCAUUAUCACCUUUAAGAACGAAGUUGGACAGUAUGACUUGGAGGUCACAACUUUCCAGCUAGCAGUUCUAUUUGCCUGGAACCAAAGACCCAGGGAGAGGAUUAGCUUUGAGAACCUGAAACUUGCCACUGAGCUGCCUGACGCCGAGCUGAGACGCACACUCUGGUCGCUUGUUGCCUUCCCAAAACUCAAACGACAGGUUUUGUCAUACGAACCUCAAGUGAGCUCUCCCAAAGACUUCACAGACAGUACAUUGUUCUUUGUUAACCAGGAGUUCUCCUUGAUAAAAAAUUCAAAGGUGCAAAAGAGGGGAAAGAUUAACCUGAUCGGUCGCCUACAGUUGACUACAGAGCGAAUGAGGGAAGAGGAGAACGAAGGCAUUGUUCAACUUAGGAUAUUAAGAACACAGGAGGCUAUCAUUCAGAUCAUGAAGAUGCGUAAGAAGAUCACUAAUGCCCAGCUGCAGACGGAGCUUGUGGAGAUCCUGAAGAACAUGUUCCUUCCGCAGAAGAAGAUGAUCAAAGAGCAGAUUGAGUGGCUUAUCGAGCACAAGUACAUCAAGCGUGACGAGACGGACAUUAACACCUUCAUCUACAUGGCGUAGCUAGCGCUUUGGUUCGCUCUAAAGAUUCUUAUUAUACUGGUAAAGGUGAAAAUGGUGAAACCUGCAGGAAGUCAGCAGCGGGAGAGGGGUGCCGAAGCCGUGGAGAAACCACGUUGGCUGCUGAUCUCCUCGUAGAGCGACGGGCUUGUUUUUAAUGACCGACAGUCACACACCAGAAUAGCUCAUUUAAAGAAAAUCCCUGCCUUACCUUACAGUAAAGAAACACGAGUUGAGGAUGGGAGUUUUCAGAGGAAAAAAAACAAAGAAAAAAGACAAAAUGGACUAUUUUUGCCAACUGGUAGUCAGUAUGCAUGGUGGGUGGUUUGCCUUUUUUUUCGUGAGUGUCUACAUCUCCAACAGCAUGCCGUCAGUGGGAAUGUCUUAGUCAUCCAAGGACCUGUUUGUGUGUGCCGUGUUUGUGUGCCCUCACCCCCAACCAUCCGUCUGGACAAGACUGUGUCCACUCUUCUCCCCUGGCCUACAGCUCACACUGCGCCUGCUGCUGCUGUUGCUGCUGAUGAUGCCGCCGCCACCAACACCGCCACAGCCACCACCAUCAUCAUCAUCAUCUUCCUCCAGUGGGUUUUGGCCAUACUUGUAGGCCCCUUUCUCCCACUGCAGCCACACAGGAGCCCUCACCAGGAUGGAGGACUUGAGCGUUAGCACUUUACACACUCUGCCACACUAUGUCAGCAUGGCUUUCUUUCUUUCUCUCUCUCUUUCUCUUAUUUCUUUCAUCUAUUUUGUGUGAGUGUGGGUGUAUUUUCCUUUUUCUUUCUUCUUGCAAGUUUUUUGAAUACAAGAUAGCUGAUAAACAUGUUAAGCUGCAGGAUGUCCAUCCAUUCAAGAUCAUCAGCACCUUCGUGGUCCUUCUUCCCUCACUGUUCUUCAUUUCCUUUCUCUUUGGCCUACACUGCAUCAUGCAUCAUCUGCCUCUACUCCUCCUUUAGGAGGAGGAUGAUUUGGGUGUUUAAUCGGUGUUAUCAGGUGGUUGAUAUGUUUGUUGUUGCCGUAAUCGUUGUCGAGGUUUUGCGAGACAGUAAGGUCACUUAACAAUUUUUUAUUUUAUUGUGUGGUGAUGUUUUUCAUUUCAUUCUUGAGUAGAGGCAGACGAUAAACCUCACAUUCUCCACGAGAGGCUGUUCACACCUGCACACCUGUUCACCCCUGCUUUGACCUGCAGGCUUCUGAAGAACAUUGUAGUUGUUUGAGAUACAGGUCAGCUAAGCCAAGUCUUGUCUGUCCAGUCUUUCCUCAGUGAACCUCAGGCAUAGAGGGGCAGCCAAAUUAUUGUGUGUAGUUUUUAAAUUAAUGACCCAUGAGAUUUAUUGGAAUGAUUUUCCAUUCCGCUUGAAGCAGCUCGUAAUAUGAGUGGCUCACUUUUUCACGAAUCGCACAUCGCCAGGCUAAAACAUGGAAGACUUGGGUUUUUUGGCAUUACGCAGCAAUGAGAGAAAAUGUUCUGUAGCAAAUGUAGUCAUCACUGUAUGUGUCUGAAUGGUUGAUUAUCAGCUUCUUGAAUUUUCUUAAAAAUAGCCCCUAUCGUACUAACAAAUUUGGGCAUUUUCGACCUCUCCUGUUGCCGGGUUAUGUAGAACUUUAUUUUUAAUGGCUUUUGAUGCUGCACACUUACACAACAAUAAAAGUCUAUUAGCAGGUUAAGAUAUUCGUUUGGUGCACUGACAUGCUGUUUAAGCUUGUCGUAUAAUAUUUGAUACAUCUUUUGACAUUGUAAUCACCAGCUAGAUCCAUCUGACUGAUGUCGCUUUUAUACAGUUGCUUAUACGCCUUCAACCUGUAUAAAAAAGCUUUGUCUCCUGAACUGGAGCAACAGUAGUCUGAGAUUUCUUAUCUUCUCUGAUAACUGGAAUCAUUACAUGUGGUUAUAAUGGAAACGAACUGAAAUAUUGCAUUAAUUUUUUUUUUCUUUUUACAGUUUACGCCAUCACAUUUCUGAAAGACAAUCAUAUCUUUUUCGUGGUGCAAUUGCAAUUCUAAGCAUUGCCAUUUUUUAUGUUCCCUUUUCCAUGUAGAAACCCUGUAGCAUUCAUCUUCAUUGGUUAAAUGUAAUAUUUCAUAUUGAAGACCAUAUCAAUAUAACUUAAGUAUCCUGUACAGGAUUAAGCUGGCUUUGGAACAUCUGUGGAUUUAACUAAAUUUAAAUUUCUUUUCAAAUAGAUUUUUUUUUUGUAAUUCUUAUAAAAUGAAGUGAUUAAAAGCUGUGAAAUUUUCAACUCGAGGGAAACUGUUUUGUCAAUCCAGAACUACCAGUAAUUCAGUUGCCAUCUCGCCUGUCUCACUUACUUACAUAUUUGUAUUUAUUUGAUGUAAUAAUUUGUAUUUGGUGAGGGAGCCACUCUUAAUGGCUUAGUUUACAUCUUAAUUCUGCCCAAAUCUGUGAAAUGCGACAGGCGAUCUGUUUACACGGUUUGCAGACACAUUCUUCAGAGGUCAGCUUGGUUGAUCAAUAACUAGGAAAGACUUAUUUCCUGUGUUGUCCUGUUUUGCUCAAAAAUCUUUCAAAGCAGUGAUAAACCAGCGAGAAUUAAGAUGAUGGUUUUGUUUUAAUUGCAAACUGUGAGUGCAUGCAGAAAGAUGCGUUAGUUAAUUGGCAGUCGAUAAACAGCGAGGUAGGGUGUAGGUGUGUUUCUGAUCAUUUCAAAUGUGCCAGGUAGAUUUACGACGUUAAGUUUCUUCUGACUGACCUGUAAUCCUCAAUAUCUGCACAAUAUGAUGGAUAGAAAUGCAUUCACAUAGAUGCAAAAUAAGCAAUAAACAGAGAAGCUUUGAUAAUGAAUGUAGAUGUUUUUUGGAGGCCCGUCUUUGGCUACAACUUGCUUUAUUAUGUUUCUGACUGGCCAGCUUGCACCCAUCACUCAAAUUUGUGAUGUGUUGAAUUUAGUUGGAAGUGAAAAGCAGCAGUACCUGAGGAGGGCUGGCAUUAUACCUGAACCCAAAGGGUGUUGGGAACGCUCGAAGCAUGUGUAUUUGUUUGAAAUGUGAAUGACGAUGAUGUUUUAAAGCAUUGGCUGCCCCGUCUACCUUACACAAGUUACAUAAUGCACACAUCUCUCUCACUUUCUCUCUUUUCUCUUUAAUCAUCUGCUUUCAUUGUCCUCCUUUCUUUUCUUUUUUUUUAAACUUCAGUUCACAAAACCAAUAUCUCUCAGAUAUCCAUCCCCACACUUCACUGGUUUUAGCACCUUUGUUUGUAAAGGAAUGUGGGAGUUUGUAUGUGUGUGUGUUUUAUUUUCUGCCCACUUUUCACCUCCUUUCUACUGUUACUUUACUCAGACACAGCCUAUAUGCUGCAGUGAGGCAUAUAAUCAGUAUUUGUCAUCUUUUUUCUUUUAUUUUUUUGUGCGUGUGUGUGUUGACAAGCAUCAAGGUUAAAUAGAGCUGUCUGAACAAUUUUCAGUGUUAAUUUCUAAGUAACUGAAGUUUCUGCACUCUUCUGCAUAUUUUUUUUUUUCCUCUAGGAAAAUGAAAGCGAGAAAUCGAGUCUGUUUAGUGUGUGGAACACCACCUCUGUGACAUGAAUUAAAAAAAAAUAAUAAUUUAAUUAUUAAACGUGCAUUUACUCUGCCUAGGAUUGUCUAAAUAUACUUUUUUUUUAGGAUGUGCAGACGUUGAGUUCUGUAAACUUGAAGAAUUGGGUUUUCGAAUCCCAUACUGAAUAUAUCACGCGAAUGUGUGCCACUAACUGCAGUGAGGGGGGUUGGAGUGGCGGAGUGCUCGAGUGGACGUUUAUCUUGCAGUCUGAGUGAACUGUUUUGGUGUACUCCAUUCAUUUAUUUUUCUUUGAAUGAGUUUCUUUUUUUAAGUUGUAUAAUUUAUUUCCUUGCAAAAUAAAGAUGUCUUUUAAGGAGGCUGAUAAGGCCUUGA